AUGAAUGAGCAGCGGGAGAAUGAUCAAGCUGUUGAUGAACCGUUGAAGCAGUUAAUCGCUCAACAGGUCAACAAUGCUCUUCAAGCUAUUGUUAGCAGGUUUCCGACUAUUCCACCUACUCCGCCUCCAAACAACAAUGCAACCGUAGAAAAUCCCCGCUUGGGACUCGUUAAAUCAGGCAGCGGAGGAACUCCCAGCGAAUCUCGAGAUGGAGAAUCAGGUAGUUCCUUAAAUAUCAUUCUGUUAAGAGUGGUAAACGAGAUGCAAGCCAAUGAUAAAUUGAUACCCAAAGCACGGACCUUGUCUGGUUUUGAAAACUCAAGCGUUAUAACGAAGGGGGAGAUAAUACUCACCACAUUCGCAGAAGGAGUAGUCAUAGAUACCAAAUGUCAAGUGAUAGAAUUGGAUAUGGCGUACGAUAUGAUUCUCAGCAGACUGUGGAUUCACGAAAUGGAUGUUGUUCCGUCUACCCUGCACCAAGUUAUCAAGUUUCCCUCACAAUGGGGAAUACAAAAAAUCUGUGGCAAUCAACAGGCUUCUCGAAGCAUUAACUCAGUGGCAGACUCGAGUGCGAAAAGCGAUGAAAAAUAG